AUGGCGGCGGCGGCGGGGCCGGGGCGCGGCGGCAGCGGCGGCAGCUGGGGCCGGAGCCGGGGCGCAGUGCUGCUGCUCUUCUUCUCGCUGUCGCCGCGGCCGCCGGCCGGGGCCGCCUGGCUGCUGGGGCUGCGGCCCGAGGACACGACGCCGGGCCGGGUGUCUCUGGAGGGCGGCGCGGUGCAGGCGGCGGAGGGCAGCCGCUUCCUCCUGCGCCUCUACUUCCAGCCGCCGCCCGAGGGCAACGGCAGCCGCGGGCCGGCGGGGGAGCGGGAGCCGCGGCUGGUCUUCAUCGAAGAGGCGGCGGCGGGGAGCACGGCGACGCGGGGCCCGGCGGAGCGGUGCCGGGAGCGCAGCGCCUGGGCCUCGGACGUGGAGGUGGUGGGGCCGCUGCGCUCGGGCGGCGCGGCGGGCUCGGCGCUGGCCGAGGUGCGGGUGCGGGAGCCGCGCAAGGGCGAGGCGGCGGCGGCGCCGGGCGGGCGGCUCUUCUCGCUGUGCGCUUGGGACGGGCGGGCCUGGGCGCACCACGGCGCGGCAGGCGGCUUCUUGCUGCGGGUGCGGCCGGCCGCCCCGCCGCUGGGCACUUGGCUGCUGCCGCUGCCCGAGGCGGGCUGGCUGCGGGCGCUGGGCGCCCUGCUGCUGCUGGGGCUGUCGGCGCUGUUCAGCGGGCUGCGCCUCUCGCUGCUCUCGCUGGACCCGCUGGAGCUCCGCGUCCUGCGUAACAGCGGCUCGGCCGCCGAGCGGGAGCAGGCGCGGCGGGUGCAGGCGGUGCGCGGCGGCGGCGGCACCUACCUGCUGUGCACGCUUCUGCUGGGGCAGGCGGGGGCCAACGCGGCGCUGGCCGGCUGGCUCUGCGCCUCGCUGCCCGGCGGCGGGCCGGCGGCGGCGGCCGGCGGGCCACGGGGAGCGCCCUGGCUGCCGGUGCUGCUGUGCACCGCCGCCGUCUUCCUGGGCGGCGAGGUGCUGCCCUACUCGGUGUGCUCGCGGCACGGGCUGGCCAUCGCCUCCCGCACGCUCUGCCUCACCCGGCUGCUGAUGCUGGCCGCCUUCCCCCUCUGCUACCCGCUCAGCCGGUUGCUGGACUGGGCGCUGCGGCAGGAGCUCAGCGUCUUCUCUACGCGGGAGCGGCUGCUGGAGACGCUGCGCGCCGCUGGCCCCCACGGCGACCUGGUCCGGGAGGAGCUGGCCAUGGUGCAGGGCGCGCUGGAGCUACGCACCAAGGUGGUGGAGGAUGUGCUGACGCCGCUGGCCGACUGCUUCAUGCUCCGGGCCGAUGCUGUGCUGGACUUCGCCACCGUCUCUGAGAUCCUCCGAUCUGGCUACACCCGCAUCCCAGUCUAUGAGGGUGACCGGCGCGACAACAUUGUCGACCUGCUUUUUGUCAAAGACCUGGCCUUUGUCGACCCUGAUGACUGCACUCCCCUGCAGACUGUCACCCGCUUCUACCGCCGCCCGCUCCACUGCGUCUUCAAUGACACGCGCCUCGACACGCUGCUUGAGGAGUUCAAGAAGGGUGAGGUCGCCGGGCCACCCUCUGCACCCCCCCGGGCUCCCCCUGCACCCCUCUGCACCCCCAAUGAUUUCCAGGUCAGCAGCCUCCACGGGCAGCCCCGCAUGGCCUCUUGGCAGGAUGUGGCAGGAAAGUCCCACCUGGCCAUCGUGCAGCGGGUGAACAAUGAAGGGGAAGGGGACCCGUUCUACGAGGUGAUGGGCAUUGUCACCCUGGAAGAUGUCAUUGAGGAGAUCAUCAAGUCCGAGAUCCUGGAUGAGACGGAUCUGUACACUGACAAUCGGAAGAAGGAGCGAGUUCCCCACCGGGGACGCAAGCCCCAGGAUUUCUCCAUCUUCAGGCUUUCAGAGAGUGAGAUGAAGGUGAAGAUCUCCCCACAGCUCCUCCUGGCUACCCAUCGGUUCAUGGCAACAGAAGUGGAGCCUUUCAAGUCCCCCUACCUCUCAGAGAAGAUCCUGCUGCGGCUCUUGAAACACCCCAAUGUCAUCCAGGAGCUCAAGUACGACCGAAAGAACAAGAAGGCAGCAGAGCAUUACCUCUACCAGCGCAACCGCCCUGUCGACUACUUUGUCCUCAUCCUGCAGGGGAAAGUGCAGGUGGAGGUCGGCAAGGAAGGACUGCGGUUUGAGAAUGGGGCGUUCACCUACUAUGGUGUCCCAGCCAUCAUGGCUGUUUUCUCCUCAGAAAACGAUGUGCGAAAAAUGGGAAGCCUGGCAGGAUCCUCCUUCCUACUGCCUGUCUCAGUGUCCCGUACUUUCGCCUUCAGCAGAGGGGACUCCCUGGCUGGCUCUCCAGUGAACAGGUCACCGUCGCGCUGCAGUGGCCUCAACCGCUCCGAGUCCCCCAACCGGGAGGACUAUGGAGGCAGCAGCACGCAGCUCCACAGCAGCAGCAACAACAUCUACACGCCCGACUACUCCGUGCACAUCCUCUGCGACGUGCAGUUCGUCAAGGUGACCCGGCAGCAAUACCACAACGCACUGGUGGCCAGCCGCAUGGACAGCUCACCUCAGUCCCCUGACAUGGAGGCCUUCGACAGGGAUUCAACCAAGGCCUCGACUGCACGGGGAACCCCACAGACACCCAAGGAGGACCCUGCCACCCUCCUGAAUGAGAGGAACAGCAUCAUGUGCAGCCGCUCUGAGGGGCUGCGCAGUCCCAGCGAGUCAGUGUUCCUGCGCAUGGAGGGCAUCCCCUUCAUCCAGGAGGAGCUGGCUGACAACGAGGAGAGCAGCAAGCGGCAGAACAGUGAGUGCUGCGGGACCGUCCUGGAAGCAGAGUCCCCAGGUCGAGAGGCCGGGACCGGCUCAUCGCCGAGCAGCUCUGAGGAGGCGCUGGGCAAGAGGCUGCUGAGAUCCCUCAGUGGACGCAAGCAGCGGACAUCAUCAGAAGGUGAGAAGUCGCCUGAGGAAAGCUCCAAUCUCGCCCCAUUAAUCACCUGAGCAGCAGCGUGGCCAGAGCACAGUGCUGGAGGCCCACGCAGACUGGAGGUCUGCAGCAUGGGGGUCUCCUGCCGUGAGGCUCACGUCCAACAGCAGGAGGUCUGCACUCGCCCGCUGCCUGUCCGCCCGCUUGUGCCGCCCCUCCCUGCAGGAUUUGUGCAGAGCCCCAUCCCCAGGCGAGAAAGGAUGUACCCCGGCAGGGCUGAACCACCCAGGCAGCCUGGACCAGCUAGCUGGAGACCGAGGGCCCUUGCCCUUGCCCAGCUGCUCCCUGGUAGCAUCUGGUCUCAAGGAAGAGGUGGAAAAAGGAAAGGUGAAAAAGUGUCUGUCACGGCAUCCCUGCAAACAGUGCAGGGAGGGGCAGCCCAACCCAGAACUGCCCUUUAACAUCAUUUACCAUCACCAUCCCAGCGAGGCCUGGAGCCCCGCGGUGCCGGUGCUGCAAGAUGUGGUCUCCAGCACGAGGAGAAUGUGCUAUUUGGGGGGUGCCACGCGCAGCUCAGGGCCCCAGCACACGUUUGUGCCGUGCCUGGUGACACGCCCGCUUGCAGCGCCUCGCUCACGCUGACCAUGGACACGGCCCAGCACUCCCGAAGCCCUGCCAGGCACAGGGCAAGGAGCCCGCUCCCCCCCGAGGGCAGCCCCCUCUCCAUGCUGCAUUGGACCAUCCUCCUCUCCGCACACGCCUGCCGCUGUGAGGGAUGCUCGCACCAAGACUUCGGAGUGGAACAGACCAGUCAGUAGUUUUUGUAGAGGCUCAACGCAACAGGGAUAUCAACAUUAAAAGUGGUUUUUCCCUGA